AUGCAUAGUGAGGUCAUGGACUUCACGCCAAUGCACCAGAACGACAUUGUUGAGUUCUCUCCGUCCCUCGACUUGGCGCUGACGCUCCACGAGACACUCCCGGAGCUCUCAUUCCUGCGCAAUUCGGAUCCAAACGCCCAGUCGGAGAAUCGAGAAUACCACUUCAUCCACCUGACCUUCCAGGAAUAUUUUGCGGCACGGUAUUUCGUCCAACGGUGGAAAGACGACAAACCACUCGAAUAUGUCUUCAGGUCUCGGAAGCACAACGCAGUGACCGACCCCGUCAGUUUCCUCCGAACACACAAGUACGAAGCUCGAUACGAUGUCAUGUGGCGUUUUGUUGCCGGCCUGCUCGACGCCGAAAAGGAACAUGAAAUGCUCCGGUUUUUCACGAAACUAGAGGAACCACCACUCGACCUUUUGGGCCCUGUGCACCAACGACUCGUUAUGCAUUGCCUAGCUGAGGUGAGCGGCGGUUUGAAAAUGAGAGGGGAUUUGGAAGACCGACUGUCACAGUGGCUGUUGUUCGAAUGCCGAUUUACAACGCAAUCAGAGCUGGCCACCGAGACGGAAUUCCCUGAGGAGGCUUUAAGCAUCGCGUUUCGUGAAGGAAAAGAUGUGAUGGCCACAAUUCUGAUGUCAUUAGCAAGUCGAGUUCAUGUUCCGCCGAGAAUCCUGCUAGCUAUUACUGCACGACUUGAGGACGAGGAUGGGGAUGUCCGCCGGGCAGCGAUCGAAGCAUUCCAAGGGCAGUCAUCUCUACCGAUAGAGAUGGUCACGGCUAUCGCAGCGCGGCUUGAGCACGAGGAUGGGGAUGUCCGCCUGGCAGCGAUCGAAGCACUCGAAGGGCAGUCAUCUCUACCGAUAGAGACGACCACGGCAAUCGCAGCGGGGCUUGAGCACGAGGAUAGGGAUGUCCGCGAGGCAGCGAUUGAAGUGCUCCAAGGGCAGCCAUCUCUACCGGCAGAGACGGUCACGGCUAUCGCAGCGCGGCUUGAGGACGAGGAUUGGCGUGUCCGCCAGACAGCCUAUAGCGUGCGAAAGCUUCCGAGAACAUCAAAGUUGGUAUAUCAAUGA